CGUUUGCUAAGCCCAAGAGAGAGGGCAUCGCGGGGGCGGGAGGGGCGGGAAGCGAGGCAUUUACCCUCAGGCCACUGGAAGAAGGGUUAUUCCGUCCGCCCCGCGCCUAACAUGAUGUUCCCUGGCCUCCUCGCGCCCCCCGCCGGGUACCCGAGCCUCUUGCGUCCCACGCCCACCUUAACGCUGCCCCAGUCCCUGCAGUCGGCAUUUUCCGGCCACUCGAGCUUUCUGGUGGAGGAUCUGAUCCGCAUCAGCCGGCCUCCGGCUUACCUGCCCCGCAGCUUACCCACGGCCAGCAUGUCGCCCCCUAGGCAGGGGGCCCCCGCGACUCUCACAGACACCGGGACCUCGGACCUGGGCUCCCCGGGUCCAGGCAGCCGACCGGACGGUUCACCUCAGACGGCCGCCGCCCCUGCAAGCGAGCCAACGUUUCUGAAGUUUGGGGUUAACGCCAUCCUCUCCUCUGCUCCCAGAACCGAAACAUCCCCUGCCUUACUCCAGAGCGUCCCUCCCAAGACCUUCGCCUUUCCCUACUUUGAAGGCUCCUUCCAGCCUUUCAUCAGAUCUUCUUAUUUCCCAGCGUCCUCGAGCGUCGUGCCCAUCCCGGGGACCUUCUCCUGGCCGCUUGCUGCCCGCGGCAAGCCUCGCCGAGGCAUGCUGCGACGAGCCGUGUUCUCCGACGUGCAGCGCAAGGCGCUGGAGAAGAUGUUCCAGAAGCAGAAGUACAUCAGCAAGCCCGACCGCAAGAAGCUGGCGGCCAAGUUGGGCUUGAAAGACUCACAAGUGAAAAUCUGGUUCCAGAACCGACGCAUGAAGUGGCGGAACUCCAAGGAGCGCGAGCUUCUGUCUAGCGGGGGCUGCCGAGAGCAGACCCUUCCCACGAAACUCAAUCCGCACCCGGACCUCAGCGACGUGGGCCACAAGGGCCCAGGGGAUGACGAGGAGGAAGACGACGGCCCGGGCAGCCCCCGCCACCGCCUGGUCUAUCACGCGUCCCCCGACCCUCGGCACCUGCGGGACCCGCGGCUGGAAGGGCCGCUGCCUGCCUCACCGGCUCACUCCAGCAGCCCCGGCAAGCCUUCGGACUUCUCCGACUCCGAGGAUGAUGAGGAGGGCGAAGAGGAGGAGAUCACCGUGUCUUAGAAGCCCUCCCGUGCCCUGCGUACUGUUUCAAAGUACUUUGAAAUUGAAGAGGUGUGAUUCAGUCUGCUUGUCCGCUUAGUCCCCGCUGUCCAGACGCUGCCGCUUCCCUUUGCAGAACCUCAGCCUGGUCGAGGGCGCCGCAGCCCCUUCCAUUGCCCAAAAUGGCGUUUCCUUGCCCCACACACCUCCUGGCAGCUCUCUCCACGCAAGUGAAGUUUAGGUCUUGGUCCCAGCCUUAACUUCCCACCGGAGCUCCUAUCUUGCUUAUUGCAAGCUAUUUAAAACACAGUGGAGUGUUCACUCCUAUAGCCUGGGUCUUGCUGUGAGCCAGGCCCUGCUGGUCUUUAGAAGCCACAACUCUAAGACAGGAAACUCUUUAUGGAGAAGGAAACGGAGUUAGGAGUCACAACACCAAGCAUAUAACUCUAAGACCUCUGACUUCCUAGAUCCACCCCCCUGUCUUAGGUGGAAUGGUCUCCUCUACCCAUGUCGACUCUGGUAACCCAGCCUUUCCAUAGCAGCUCCCUUAGAUAUCUGAAUUUAAAAAAAAACUUUUUUUUUUUUUUAAUUUUAUACACAUAUACACCUUCAGGUCUAAGGCACAACAUAAAUACUGAGUCCUUCCUGUUGUAUUCCAAAUGCUCUCUGGGCAAAGAAGUGAGUUAUUGAGGGAAGAGUCAGUCUCUAUUUCUGUAUGUGUCUUUCAGAGCUUUUUCUUUUUAAUUUCUGCAUCCAUAGUAUAUGCACCAAGCACUCUACCUUGUGCCCUUUUAUUAUUUCUGGGGAGAUUACGCUGACCUGCAAGACUCGAGCACUGGGCAUGACAUAAGCAGAGGGAGAACCCACAGCCUCUUUGAUUUUGAUUUUUUUUUUUUACAGAACUUUGCUGUCUUUGCACAGCUUUUAUGAACUGUACACUAUUUUGUACACAUGUGUUGUAUGAUAUUUUAUACCAAUGUUAUUGUGAAUGACUAUAAAGGAUUGACUAGACUUUUCUCUCUGUCUCUCUCUGCAAUGGCUUUUAAACUUUAAAAAGGUAGCUG